GUCGGUACAUGAGAAAUGUAAGAUAUAAAAAAUGAGGAAUUAUUACUAUUCAAGUAGAAUUUUGGACAUUCCCUGUAAAGUAUGCGGUGACUUUUCAUCGGGGAAACAUUACAAUAUUUUCGCUUGCGACGGUUGUGCGGGAUUCUUUAAACGAUCUAUCCGGAGGAACCGACAGUAUGUUUGCAAAGCGAAAGAGGAGGGGACCUGUGUCAUUGACAAGACCCACAGGAACCAAUGCAGGGCUUGUCGGUUACAAAAAUGCCAAGAAGCGGGAAUGAAUAAAGAUGCGGUCCAGCACGAGAGAGGACCUCGGAAUUCAACACUGAGGAGACAACAAAUGUCGAGUUUUUUCAGCGAAACCCGAGAGCGGAUCAUGGUUACCCCACCUGGUGGAGUUUUGAAUUUGACUAUGCCGAAAGACGCUACUAUGUUUCCCUUAAUUCCUCCGGCAACUUUUCUAUGCAAUACCAUGUUGACAAUGCCAAGGCUACCGACCCUGCCCUUGGCUCCAAUACUGCCCCCAGCGGUCGUAAACCCAGCUGCGAUUUGCGAGUCGGCCGCUCGCCUCCUAUUUAUGAACGUGCAAUGGACCAAAAGCAUCCCAUCUUUCGCGUUGCUGCCAUUUUCCGACCAACUGUUGUUAUUGGAAGAAAGCUGGAGAGAGUUGUUCGUCUUAGGCUCUGCCCAAUUCCUACCACUGACGGAACUAUCAUGCCUAGUACAAGCCUGUGGAAUACUGCAAAGGGACGAAAACCAUACCGCCUUCUUACAGAACGUGCAGGAAUUCCAGGACAUUUUAUUUAAUAUUAGACACUUCCAACUGGACCAUCAAGAAUACGCUUGUUUGCGAACUAUAUUGCUUUUUAAGACUUGCUUUGAGAAACCUAGUUCGUCUUCCAAUCCGAACCAAACCGAUGUUAAGGUUUUGACUGAUCCCAGGAAAGUUGCUAGUAUACAAGAUGAAACGCAAUUGACUUUGAAUAAAUAUAUAUCAGCAGCUCACCCUGGACAGCCGCUGAGGUUCGGAAAAUUGUUGUUACUGCUGCCAAGUUUGAAGAAUGUUUCCGGUAACACGAUUGAAGAAUUGUUUUUUAGGAAGACAAUAGGCCAUAUACCUAUAGUUAGAAUAAUUUCCGACAUGUACAAGUCGCAACCUCCUAGUAAUUUAUAACGGUUUUUUUACUUUUAACCACUGACAUUAAGACGCAAAAACUUUAUAGUUACUAAUUAAAGAUAAUUCCCUGUGAUUUAACUAGCUGAUAUUAUUGAAAGUAUUACAGCUUUCUCAAUAUAAUAGUAUUAAUUUUAAGAUUGAUGAGUUCUUAGAUUUGCUCAAUCACCUUAUAACAACUUACUUGACAAUAACGAUUAUUUCUAAAAAAAAUAUAAGAAACCUAGCUUCUAUAUCAACUAUUGAUUGUUUUGUUGUCAAUCCCAGCUUUAAUAGACGUCUCGGGUAACUAUUUUUUGAACACCCGUAGAAAAUAUUUCUUAUUAUUAUUAUAUUACUGUCAGAUUAGCGACAUAUAGAAAUCGUAACUUAGUAAUUUAUAAAAGUUUUUGCUCAUAGCUACUAAGUACUGAAAACUUACUGUGAUGUAUAUAUAUAGAGUAAUUAGUUGAAAUUCUACACAGAAUUUCAACGAUCUCAAGGCAAUAGUGUUGAUUACUGUUGGCUACAUAGCUUUAUUAAACCAUAUGAUAGUAUUAUUAUAUGUAUAUAUUUUUUAUAAAAUACAUAUACAAAUGUGUAUCUUUAUGUAGACAAAUUCUAAAUUUGUAUAUUACGUAUUACAAAA